AUGGCUAGAUUUUGGCGAAAAAAGGGAGAGGGGCUAAUUUUAACCGGCAAAGGAAGCAUAAACUUGCCAGCUGGUCGUAGAGUCCAUGUCAUGGUUGCUAUUGCUCAUGGAAAAGGUGUUAUUGUUGCAAUACCACAGGAGAAAAUGAACAGGAAAUUCUUUGCAAACUUUAUCAAAAACAAUUUCAACAUUUGUUAUACUAAGGCCGGCCCUAAACAUGGCGGGAAACGUCUAUUUAUGAUCGACAACGAUCAUUUGCAAAGCAGUAAAGCUGCGAUGAAUGCACUGCGUAGUGUUGAAAGCGAGUUGCUCAAAAUUCCUGCUCGGUCACCGGAUUUAAAUCCAAUUGAAAAUAUAUUUCAUUCAGUAAAGUCUAUUUUUUGUGAAGAGGCUAUUACCAAGCGCAUAGAAGCUGAAGAUUUCUCACAAUUUCAGGAAAGAGUUGUAUGUGCCCUAAAUAGUAUUCCUAAUGAUGUCAUUGAUAAAACAAUUUAUCGCAAGUUUUCUAGAAGGCGUACGUUGACCUACUAA